AUGCCUUAUGUUUUCCCAUUUAUAAAUAUAGUUAUAAUAAUAUUUUUUUUUUCUAAAAGUACCUUAUGCAUUUUAACGAACAAAAAUCAUGGUUUAUAUCCUGUGUACAGUAAAGGAGGUUGUGUAAAAAGUCGUGGGAAAUUUUAUAGCAGCAGCAGGAAUUACCCAAAAAACGCUUACAUAAAUAAUGCGACUAGUUUUAAAUUUAAUGUACGAAAAACAGGGUAUGGAUGCCAAAAGGAGUAUAAUUGUGCUAAUGGGAAAGAAAUAAAUCAUUGGAAUAAAAAAAAAGUUAAAGAGAAUAUAUUAUUUGCUGAAAGCAAUUUUUUCAAUCCUAAACAAUUUAAAAUUUUAUUUCCCCAGGGAAAUGAUAAUAAAGAAGGAGGAAGAACAGAUGGCGAUGGGCAUAUUGAAUUGGAAAAAUUAUAUAAUUUGAAAGAUAUAAGUCCUGAUUUAUAUAAAAAACUAAUUGACUAUAAUAAGCAAAAAGAAGAAUCAGAUUUAAAUGGUGAAAUAACCAAAGAAAAAGGCGAAGAAAAAAACGAAAUUGAUCAAAAUGAUUUGAAAAAUUAUUGUAUUGAUGAAGGGCUUCCACUUUUAAUGAUAGAUGGGAAAGAUUUUCAUGGAUUCCCUGAUACAAGAAAAAUAAAAAUAACUCCCAAAAUAUCUACAAACUUUAAUAAUGAAGAAUAUAAUGAAUUUGUAAAAAGGAAUGGAGGCGAUGAAAUUCACAAAAACAAUAAUAAUGAAAGCACAAAUGAAAAUAAACAUAAUGAAAAAGAUGAAUCUGAAAAUAAUUAUUCUGAACGUGAUGAAGAAGCUCCUUUAAAUGAUUUUGAAAGAAAAGUUAAACUCAUGUUGGAAGAAAGAACAAAAAAUGGAGAGACAAUUUGCAAUAAUAAUGAUGAUUCUAUAAAUGAUGAAGAUAUAGAAAAAAAAGAAUAUCUAUCAAGAGAAGAUAAAAUAAAUAAAUAUAAAAAAGUUGGAAAAAAUUAUCACAUGGAUUCAACAUUAGGAGAAAUUUUAUUCGAUCGAAAUUAUCCAGGGUAUAUAUAUUUAAACCAUGGGAAAAAAUUAAAAGAACUUGAUGAAAAAUGUGAAUAUGAAUCUGAAUUACCAAAAUAUAUAAAUCCAAAUAAUAUUCAUUUAAGAACUGGACGUAUGAGAGAAAAACAAAAAAAAAGAGAUAGUGGAAUUAAACAAAAAAAAAGAUGGGAAUCUGAUAAUAUAAAAAAUGACAUAAAAAGAGGAAAUUGGAAAUAUUAUGAUGAUACUGUUAAAGAUCUGCUUGAUUCAAUAGAUCAAGAAAAAUUAAAUGAAAAUUAUUAUUCUAACAAUUAUUAUCAAAGAACUAAUAAUAAUACAGGUUAUGGAAGUUUAGAUAAAACACAAAAUAAUUAUUUUGAUGUGCAAUUUAUUGGGUCGGCUGAAACAUAUCCAGCUAAUAUAUCUGUAGGAAUGAAUUUUAUAUGGCCUAUUAAUUUUAUACCGUUAUUAUGUAAGCAAUAUCCUAAAAGAUUAGGGCAACCAAUUAAAUCAGAUAUAUUUAAUUUAGGAGGUUUUGACUCAUUGCAAUUAUGGUUUUAUCCAGAUGGAAUGAACAAUUCAAUAGAUGGCUAUUGUUCAUUAAAAUUAGUCAUGAAACCAGGAUCAUUUUUACCUGUUAAAAUUUUCUUUUUUGCAUUUAGUGAAUAUAAUUAUAUACACACAUCACCUUUUUAUAAAGAGUCUUCUGAAUAUGUAACAGAGUCGUUAAAUUUAUGUAAAUUAUUAUUAAAAUCUCAAGCUGCGUCAACAGAAAUAAAAGAUAAUAAUGAUUAUGUUAUUUUAGGCCCUGCUUCAAAUGUAUAUAUUGGUGUUGGUAUAUAUGAUAAGGUAUACGAUUUUAAGGAAGAUUUUAGAAAAUUUUAUUCUAUUAAUAAUAAAUACAAAGAAAAGAAAAAAAAUACUGAAGAAGAAAAGGAAAAUAAAUACAAUUAUAAAUAUGAUUGGGAUGAAGGGGUACACAUUUUUGAUAACUGGCUCAAAAAACAAACUGCCAUAACAGAUGAUAAAAAUGAACUAUUACCAGUGGAUUAUACACAUUCGGAUGCAUAUGAAAAUUAUAAGUAUACAUAUGUUCCCGAAAAAAAUCCCUUUAAAUUUUUGAGAAAAAACGAAGAUCUUGAUUCGUGGAAUAGACACCCUUUUUAA